AUGAUUUUGAAACAUGUCUCCACUUUACUGCGGCGUGAGCAUGCUGUGGCAGUCCGCGGUUUCUCCAACGGUACUCAGCCCUCUCUCAAUGGACGAGAAGAUAUGUUCAAGAUUCGCCUGAAUUGUUCCCCGGUAGAGAGAAUUUCGAAAUGUAGUGCCAGCAAUGUACCAAUGUCUAGUGGUAUUUCAACAAUGAGCACAAUGACAGGACCAACAAUUUUCAGAGGAUAUAUGAGCUAUCUGUCCAAACUUCAGGGUAACAUUGCCAGGUGGCUGAAGAAAGAAGGUGAUAAAGUCGCUCCUGGUGAAGUGCUUUGUGAAGUUGAAACUGACAAAGCAACCGUCGAAAUGGAAUGCAUGGAAGAGGGUUUUCUCGCCAAGAUAGUAAAGGAGGAGGGAGAAAAAGGAAUUCAAGUUGGGGAGGUGAUUGCUAUCACAGUUGAAGAGGAAGAAGAUAUUCAAAAGUUUAAAGAUUACAAGCCAAGCUCAUCUGACAGUGGUCCCGCUGCUCCUGAAGAAAAGGCUGCUCCUGAAGCAAAAGCUGCUCCUCCCCCACCAAAGGAAGAGAAGGUCGAGAAGCCAGCCAGUACUCCUGAAGCCAAGACUUCCAAGCCAAGCUCGGCUCCAUCUGAAGAUCGUAUUUUUGCUAGCCCUCUUGCAAAAAAGUUGGCUGAAGAUAAUAGUGUACCUCUGUCAAGCAUCAAAGCCACUGGUCCUGAAGGACGGAUAGUGAAGGCUGAUGUAGAAGAGUUCUUAGCUUCACGCGGUAAAGAAACUACUGCCAAGCCUUCCAAGGUCACCGAUUCGAAGGGUCCAGCUUUGGACUAUGUCACAGCCUCACGUUUGGCAUUCUCAAAGCAAACUAUUCCUCACUACUACUUGACCGUGGAUACAUGUGUUGACAAAAUGAUGAGUCUUAGGAGUCAACUGAAUUCAUUUCAAGAGUCUUCCGGCGGGAAACGGAUAUCUGUAAAUGAUCUUGUUAUUAAGGCUGCUGCAUUGGCUCUGCGGAAAGUUCCUCAGUGCAAUAGUUCAUGGACAGACGAAUACAUUCGCCAAUUUAGCAAUGUGAACAUCAACGUCGCAGUACAAACAGAAAACGGGCUUUACGUUCCUGUUGUCAAGGACGCGGACAAGAAAGGAUUGUCCACAAUUGGAGAAGAGGUUCGAUUCUUGGCUCAGAAAGCUAAAGAAAACAGCUUGAAGCCUGAAGAUUAUGAGGGAGGAACAUUCACAGUCUCCAACUUGGGAGGACCCUUUGGCAUCAAACAAUUCUGUGCAGUAAUCAAUCCACCUCAAGCCGCCAUUCUAGCAAUUGGAUCAGCUGAAAAGAGAGUUGUUGCUGGUAGUGCCCCUGACCAGUUCAACGUCGCUUCUUACAUGUCUGUAACACUUAGCUGCGACCACCGCGUAAUAGAUGGUGCGAUUGGAGCUGAAUGGUUGAAAGCAUUCAAGGGCUACAUCGAGACCCCAGAAUCUAUGUUGCUCUAA